AUGGAAUUGAAUGAAGAUUUAAUUAUGGAUAUCAUCAUCUCCCGCUUGCCAUUGAAGCUUGCAGUUCAAUGUAAAGUUCUAAGCAAGAGUUUUAAUAAUAAACUUUGCGAACCAAGCGUUACUCAAAGUUUUGCUUCACGAUGGUUUCAAGAUCAAAAUAUUUCUAAACUAGUCAUCUACUCAUCACCAUCACCACCUUCACAGUCAUGGUACAAAAUAUCAAACUAUUUCCGUAAAGUCUCGUCCAACAACCCUAGCCACCCACGAGGUGAAAUAUCCACGACUUCGCGCCUUAACGUUUCACUUUUGGCCUCUUGCAAGGGUCUCCUCCUCCUUGAAUAUCACCAGUUUAAGACCUUCUGUAUUUUCAAUCCUAUAACGGGAGUGCACCAAUUGAUACCUUACCCUAAGCCUAGAAUUUAUUUUUCUACUAGGUGUGGUGGCGCAGGAUUAGCUGUUGAUCAUCCAACUUCAAGUCGAUAUAAAUUGGUAAUCGUUGAGAUAUUGAAUAAUUAUCAGGGUUAUAAAUUUCGCGUAUUUUCAUCAGAAGAAGGUGGAGUAAUGUGGCAUGAAUUCCAAUUGAGAAUGGAGUUUUGCAGUCCCUUAGACUGCCAACAACCUAGUUACGUGCACGAUUGCUUGCAUUGGCUCACAAGUAACGGCGAUAUUCUUGCUUUUGAUACAAAGAGUAGUACUGGAGACGCUACAAUUAUUAAGCACCCCGAGGUCUAUAAGCUUUUCAAGGAUCCGAUGUACGGCGUACUUUCUCUUACGUACGAUGCAAUGCUGGGGUUGGCGCGAGGUGUACUUACCGUCGUUUGUGCCUUCGAAAAAUUCAUAGUCGUUUUUGGUUAUGACUAUGUAAGCCGUAAUUGGACAGUUUCAUACACUAUUUUCAGCUCGGCUCUGAAAUACCUUGGUGGUCCUGGUUUACCAAUAUGUUUUGGCUGGGAAAAGUUGCUUUUUCUACGAAGACACAGAUAUCUGUAUGAGAUUGAUUCGGAGAUGAAGACUUAUAAAAAAGUAGGUGAAGUUUUGGGUACUGAUGGGGCUAUCUUCUUCCCCUUCGAACCAACAUUAGCCCGUGUCCCUAAGACAGUGCUGCCCCCUUACACUGUCCACUCUAAACAUUUCCCAUUCAUUAAUGCAACAUUAGGUGAGCUCAGAUGUCUUAUUGCUAAUAGACCUCUGAGUGUGUCACAGAAACCCCCGUAA